AUGGUUUCUAAAACCACGCGAGCUGCUACUGCAGCAGUAAGAAGAGCGGCUACACGCAUGCGUGCAGCCACGGAAAGUGCCUCUCACACCUCAUCAGCAGGUGUUUCGUCGCCUGUUGUCGUGAAUCCUCCACGUGGUGAGUCACCACGUGCGACAGGUACAUCCGUUGCGUCUGCAGAGGGUGCUACAAGUCGUAAUCAAGACGAGUGUGAGAUAGAGCUCAUCUAUUCUGGCGAGUCGGAUGAUGCAUACGACUCGAAGGCGACGCCUCACGCCUCCGAAACACCCGGGGUGGGCACUGCAAGAGCCAGGCUGGCUGGCUCUGGUAAACGCGGCUGUAUCAUGUCCGAGAUCUUCGGAUCGAGUGAUUAUUCCGAUGAAUCUCCGCUUUACGCAAGUCCGUCUAACGAUAGGACGCGUGGGGAUGGUGGUGAUGCGCCUGUACGUUACCACGAGCAAAGUUACUCAAGGGAUCAGGGUAACACUGGUGCCAGUGCUCAUGCUGGAAAAAUCAAGAGGCCAGGGACCGAAUUGUCCUGCGCCACGCUCCCCAAGUGGAGUCUUCGUAGAUACCGCCAUCAAGAGAGUUGGACCGGUUGGUCGAUAUGA